AUGUCCCCGGAUCUAGCCUCGAGAGGAAGAGAGAGCCGCCGCGCGAGGAGUUUGCAUGACACACGAUCUGGAAUCGAGAGGCAGAUCGAGAGCGACUCGUCGUAUUUUCCCAACAAGAUCUGGAAUCGGGCUCAGGGUUCUCCACAACAGCGGCGACGAAGGCGGCAGAGGAAUGGAGAAAGGCGAUGGCUAGGUGAGCACCGGCGAACCGACGAAGAACACCGAGCUCUUUCAACAGAUAUAUCCAGAUCUGGGGACGUAUCGGAGACCCUUUGA